GAGGGAGAUUUUCCGCGAUGGAGAUGGAGGUUGAUGACGGUUCGGAAGCACGAGUGGAGGAGAAGGGGAAGCGAUUGGUGGUGCUGCUGGUGGGAGCACCCGGUAGUGGCAAGUCCACCUUCUGCGACGCCGUCGUCGGCGCUUCUCGGAGGCCGUGGGUCCGAAUUUGUCAGGACACAAUUGGAAAUGGGAAAGCUGGGACGAAGGCACAGUGCGUCAAGAGUGCCUUGAGUGCGUUGAAGGACGGCAAGAGCGUCUUCAUCGACAGAUGCAAUCUAGACAGGGAACAGCGUGCGGAGUUCCUGAAACUCGGCUCUGCCCAAAUUGAGGUGCAUGCCGUGAUGCUUGAUCUUCCUACUCAGCUUUGUAUUUCUCGAUCUGUCAAGCGGACGGGGCAUGAAGGGAACUUGCAAGGUGGAAAAGCUGCUGCUGUUGUGAAUAGAAUGCUGCAGAAGAAAGAAUUGCCUAAGCUGAGUGAAGGGUUUUCUCGGAUUACAUUUUGCCAUAAUGAUGCUGAAGUUCAGGCUGCUCUGGGUGCAUACAGUGGUCUUGGUCCAUCGGAUGGUCUUCCACCAGGCUGUUUCGGCCAGAAAAGCCAAGAUGCGAAGGUUCAAGUGGGAAUCAUGAAGUUCCUAAAGAAAGCAGAGGGACCUUCUCCAAGAACAAAUGCCUAUUCUUCCGAAUGCUCCUCAGAAAGAAGAAAGCAAGGGCAAAGAAGAUGCAGUCCAGGCCAUAGAUAAUGAUGUUCCACGCUGGCAUUUCCAUCCAUUUCGACAGCCGAUUUCCAGUUUAACCUCGAAAAGGCUUCUGAUAUCAUUGUCGAGACAGUUGAGGAAUUUGUGCCUAAGCUUGGAAAUGCCAGGCUUGUUUUAGUGGACUUGACUUAUGAAUCGAAAAUCUUGUCCUUGGUUCGGGCUAAAGCUGCGAAGAAGAGUAUUGACUCAAGCAAGUUCUUCACAUUUGCAGGCAAUAUAAUUGAGCUCUCUACAAAAGGAGGUUUAAACUGCAAUGUCAUAGCUAAUGCUGCCAAUUGGCGAUUAAAACCUGGAGGUGGAGGCGUUAAUGCUGCUAUUUUUAAGGCUGCAGGUGGGGACCUGGAAAAGGCAACAAAUGAACGAGUUAAGUCACUUCUCCCAGGUAGUGCUGUGGUUGUUCCUCUUCCUUCAACUUCUCCACUGUACAACAGGGAAGGGAUAACACAUGUCAUCCAUGUCCUUGGGCCGAAUAUGAACCCACAAAGACCAAAUUGUCUUAACAACGAUUAUAAUAAAGGCUGCAUGGUUCUCCGUCAAGCAUAUACAUCACUCUUUGAAGGAUUCUUGUCAUUAUUGAAGUUACAAGAAAAAUCAGUUACAAAAAGGCAUGAAGAGUUCCUGCAUCACUCCGGACAUGGUCCUGAUAAAAAUGUUGCAAAUGGUGAUUUGAAGAAUAAGAGGGAUGAUGCCGAUGUAUCUAUUAGCAGCAAAAAGAGUCGAGGAUCUGGAGAUGAAGUUGAGACUCACAUCACACGUCCCAGAACUGGAAAUUCAGAUUCAGGUACCCAAACUACCAACAGCGGAAUGACAAAAGUAUGGGGCUCUUGGGCCCAGGCUCUCUAUCAUAUUGCUAUGAAUCCAGAAAGGCAUAAGGAUGACAUUUUGGAAAUACUAGAGGAUGUUGUUGUGCUAAAUGAUGCUUAUCCUAAGGCACAGAAGCAUAUUCUCAUCUUGGCACAAGCUAGAGGUCUUGAUUGCCUGGCAGAUGUGCAUGAAGUACACCUUGAACUGUUGAGGAGAAUGCAUGCCAUUGGCUUGAAGUGGGUUGAGAAGUUCUUGCAUGAAGAUUCCCAACUAGUUUUCCGUCUCGGAUAUCACUCGGCACCAUCAAUGAGGCAGCUUCACCUUCAUGUUAUCAGCCAAGAUUUUAAUUCAGUUCAUCUCAAGAAUAAGAAGCAUUGGAACUCAUUUAACACUGCUUUCUUCCGCGACUCAGUUGAUGUCAUUGAGGAGGUGAACAAGAAUGGAAAAGCAAUUAUAAAAGACGACGAGAGUCUACUUUCUAUGGAGUUACGUUGCCACAGAUGUAGAAGUGCACAUCCAAACAUUCCCCGGUUGAAAUCACAUAUUCAGAAUUGCCAGGUCCCUUUUCCAGCUUUUUUGCUUCAAAGUGAUCGCCUUGUGCGUGCACCGGAUAGUAAUUAAACCCCAGUCUGUAGAAAGUUUUCCUCGAAAUUUUGUUGUACAUAGCGGUGGCUUUCACCUUCCCAUAGCAAGUAUCUGCUGUCUCGCAGCCAUCAAUGUUGAUUUACUUUUGGGUGUUGAGUGUAGUUGUUGGGCAAGAUAAUAUGUUAAAAGUUUCUGUACAUUGAUUGUGCUUUCUAUUACAGCGGAAUCCAUACUAAAUGACCAGAUGUUGUGACAUAACUCUUGAAAAUCA